AUGACCUUGAGCAAGGCCAAUGAGCUUGGCAUCCUGAGCGCUGAGAUUGGGUGGAAGAGAAGCAGACCAUUGAGGAUCAUAAUCAGAGACUAUGGCAGCACCCGUGGACCGAAUUCCAUCCUUUAUAAAAAAGGCGCCAUUGGUCCAAACCCAGGACUCCCGGCUCUCCACACAGGCAUGAGCAUGGGGGUGCUGCGGUCCCUGCGUGGAUGGGGGCUUCUGGACUACAAGACAGAGAAAUAUGUCCUCACCCGGAACCGGAGGGUGGGUGCUCUCCAGAGGGUCCUGCAGCUUGGCAUCCUGGGAUAUGUAAUCGGGUGGUCUCUUAUCUUCAAGAAGGGUUACCAGGAGAAGGAGUCUGAUCCCCAGGUAUCAGUCAUCACCAAGCUGAAAGGGGUCUCAGUCAGCCAGAUCGAGGCACUGGGAAACAGACUGUGGGACGUAGUCGAUUACACGAAGCCCCCCCAGGGAGAGAACGUUUUUUUCCUGGUGACUAAUUUCCUUGCCACACCAGAGCAAGUGCAGGGGACGUGCCCAGAGCACCCCUCUGUUCCUCUGGCUCCCUGCCUGGCUGACGAGGACUGUCCGGCUGGAGAGAUACUGAGCCACAGCCACGGAAUCAAAACUGGGAAGUGCGUCGUGUUUAACUCAACCUACCAGACCUGCGAGAUCUGGGGCUGGUGCCCUGUGGAGAGUGGCGGCACGUCCAGGAAGCCUCGGCUGCUGGAAUCGGAAAACUUCACCCUCUUUAUCAAGAACUCCAUCACUUUCCCCAAGUUCAACGUCUUCAAGACCAACACUUUGGAGACACUGGAUAACACCUACUUCAAGAGCUGCAGGUAUGAUGCCCUCUUCAGCCCUUUCUGUCCAGUCUUCCGGGUGGGGGAUGUGGUGAAGGCAGCUGGAGGGGACUUUGAGGACCUGGCCCUCUCGGGAGGAGUUGUGAGGAUCCAGAUCAGCUGGGACUGUGACCUGGAUCGCCCUGGCAUUGAAUGCCAGCCCUGUUAUUCUUUCUGGCUGCAGGAGAAGGGCUAUAAUUUCAGGAUCCAGUUGUCCCCGUUCUCCAGGACAGCUACACACUGGUGGAAGCCUCCGGGGAUGGAGGCCCGAAGCCUCUUCAAACUCUUUGGGAUCCGAUUUGAAAUCCUCGUGGCUGGGCAGGCUGGGAAGUUCAGUGCCGUCUCUACGGGGAUCACGCUGGGCACGGGCACGGCCCUACUGGGGAUGGUCACCUUCCUCUGUGACCUGCUCUUGCUUUACGUGGACGGAGAAGCCCCUUUCUAUUGGGGGAAGAAGUAUGAGGAGGCAAAGGCCCCCAAGAUCAAAGGGGAGCCAGAGCCGGCCUCAGCAUCGGGGGAUCACGAGGGGCCCGUGGGUUCUUGGUCACAGUCGAGCCCAGCCAUGAAUUCCGAUCUCACCGCUGGCAAGGAGGGCCUGGAUACUGGCACGGCCUAG